CAGUAUCCGGUCGACAUCAUCGAUAUACAUGGCCUGAACGGACACCCCUUUAAUACCUGGACGCACGAGAAUGGUACACUAUGGCUGAGGGACUUGUUGCCCGGUCAUCUUCCAGGUUGCCGUGUCUACACUUACGGAUAUCCUUCGGACGUGUUCAGCAAGUCA